GAGAGAGAGAGAGAAAGCGAGAGAUCGCGGCUAGCAGAAAGCGAGCCUUGGCCAAGUUGAGACAUUGUCUUUCAAUUCAGGGUAUCUGCAAACAUCUUCUUUUUAAAACAAACAAACAAAACCCCAAAGAAUCUGCCUUUUCCUCAAGCGGAUCUUUGAGGUUAAGAAGAGGCGGGUUUGCAGACGAGGGUCUUGCUUAGGGGGUCCCCGUUUGGAGGAGAAGACCCGGAGGGGGUCUGCGGCUCAUGUGGAAGGAGCAGACCAGAAAAGAUGGACACUUUCAGCACCAAGAACCUGGCUCUGCAAGCUCAGAAGAAGCUUCUGAGCAAGAUGGCGUCCAAAAACAUGGCCAGCAUCUUCAUUGAUGACACCAGCAGCGAGAUCCUGGACGAACUGUACCGGGUCACCAAGGAGUACACGAGGAACCGCAAGGAAGCCCAGAAGAUCAUCAAGAACCUGAUCAAGGUGGUCAUGAAGUUGGGUGUCCUCUACCGCAACGGACAGUUCAACGCGGACGAGCUGGCCCUCAUGGAUCGCUUCCGGAAGAAGUUGCACGCUUUGGCCAUGACUGCCGUCAGCUUCUACCAGAUAGACUUCACCUUUGACCGGCGGGUCCUCUCCAACAUGCUGAAGGAGUGCUCCGAGCUGCUCCACCAGGCUGUCAACACCCACCUGACAGCCAAGUCCCACUCGCGCAUCAACCACGUCUUCAACCACUUUGCGGACUACGAGUUCCUCUCGGCCCUCUACGGGUCGUCUGAGCCUUACCGCACGCACCUGCAGAGGAUCUGCGAAGGGCUCAACCAAAUGCUCGACGAAGGGAACAUCUGAGAGCCCGGCCUGCCAGCUUUCAGAAAGCUUUCUGUGUUGGCAAGGGAACAUCAGGAGAUGGUUGUUGAUUUUGGUGGCCUCCACUCGGGCUUCUCCAUGCUGCAUGGCACGAAGCAACUUGUGGUCUUUCGGGGUUCGGCUUGGUCAUGCUUAGGGGCUUGCGGGGAGGGUGUUAUCCCUGGUUCAAAUGGUCCGUCCUCCUCCUCCACUUCAUGUGGGAAUGUUAAGGAUAGUAGGAGAGGAUAUAUUGAUUAAGUAUUAUCCUUCCUUCACUCACGUUAGUGAGUCAUGCAGCAGAGCAGAUUCUCCUCAGUUUUGAAUCCCUUUAGUUAAGUACAGUGGUACCUCUGGUUACAUAUGCUUCAGGUUACAUACGCUUCAGGUUACAGACUCCGCUAACCCAG